GGCGUGGGCGGGGCUCCUGGGGGCGGGGCCUUCUUGAAGAGGCCCGAGGGCGCGGCCGCCUGGACCCGCCAAGCGCCCAGCGUGGAGCAGACAUGACCUCGCGCAGGUGGUUUCACCCCAACAUCAGUGGAGUUGAAGCAGAGAGGCUGCUCCUGUCCAGGGGCCAGCACGGGAGCUUCCUGGCAAGACCCAGCAAGAGCUGCCCAGGGGCCUUCACACUGUCUGUCAGGCGCCAUGAUGAGGUGACACACAUCAAGAUCCAAAACACGGGCGACUACUAUGGCCUCUACGGAGGGGAGAAGUUUGCGACGCUGGCCGAGCUGGUGCAGCACCACACAGGCCAGCACGGGGGGCUGCUCCGCGAGCGUAGCGGGGCCCCCGUCGAGCUCCGGCACCCACUGGGCUGCCGGGACCCCACAUCUGAGCGGUGGUACCAUGGGCACCUGUCUGGACAGGAGGCCGAGCAGCUGCUGAUGGAAAAAGGACAUCCAGGCACCUUCCUGGUGCGGGAGAGUCGGAGCAAACCCGGGGACUUCGUGCUGUCGGUGCUCACGCAGCCGCUGGACAAGGCAGACCGCCGGCCGCGGGUCACACACAUCAUGAUCCGCUUCCAGCCAGACGGCACGUAUGACGUGGGAGGUGGGGAACGGUUCGACACCCUCAGAGACCUGGUGGAGUGCUGCAAGAAGGACCCCAUGGUGGAGAAGUCGGGGGUCGUGGUGCACCUCAAGCAGCCCCUCAAGGCCACGAGGAUCAAUGCCGCAAGCAUCGAGAGCCGAGUACAGGAGCUCACCGGGGCCACUGACGCCGGCGAGAAGGCCAAGCAGGGCUUCUGGGAGGAGUUUGAGAUGCUGCAGCAGCAGGAAUGCCAGCUCCUGUAUCCCCGGAAGGAGGGACAGCGGCUGGAGAACAAAGCCAAGAAUCGCUACAAGAACAUCCUUCCAUUUGAUACCACCCGUGUCACCCUGCAUGACGUGGACGACAGCGUGCCUGGAGCCAACUACAUCAACGCCAACUACAUCAGGAGUGAUCCAGAAGAGAAGCCAGGCCAUGGACAGGGCAAGGUAUACAUCGCUACCCAGGGCUGUCUGCAGACCACAGUGGCGGCCUUCUGGGCGAUGGUGCACCAGGAGAACACACGUGUCAUUGUCAUGGCCACAAGGGAGGUGGAGCGAGGCCGGAACAAAUGUUUCCGAUAUUGGCCAGAGCUGCAUGGCCGCCAAGAACAUGGCCGUGUGUGUGUCUGCAACUUGGCUGAGUACCAGGCCCAGGGCUACUGUGUGCGGGAACUGCAGGUGUGGCGGCCAGAUCAGGGGGAGCCACCGCGCACAGUGAAGCACUACCAGUACUUCAGCUGGCCAGACCACGGGGUCCCGGCCGAGCCGGCCGGCGUCCUCGACUUCCUGGACCAAGUGAACAGGGCACAGAGCAGCAUGCCAGGGGCCGGACCCAUGGUGGUGCAUUGCAGCGCCGGCAUCGGACGCACUGGCACCAUCAUCGUGAUUGACAUCCUGGUGGACAUCAUCCGCAGGCAGGGUCUGGACUGCGACAUCGAUGUGCCCAAGACGAUCCAGCUGGUGCGACGGCAGCGCUCGGGGAUGGUGCAGACCGAGGCGCAGUACAAGUUCGUGUACCUGGCGCUGCAGCGGUACAUCCAGGACGAGCAGCUGCGUCUGCGCGAGCAGCCGCCAGAAGAGCACGACCAUCUGAACGCGGGCCUCGCGUCGGCAGACCCGGGCCGCAGCCCUGGGCCCGCGUCGUCCCGGGCACCGGCGGCGUGAGUGGGGCCGUCAGGGCGCGGGCCCGGGUCCCGGGGUGGGGGCGGGACGGCGUCGUCUCCGGGAGUGGGCAGGCCGUGGGGGGACGGGAUCCCGCGCGCCUGCGCCGGCCGAACCCUCUCUCCGCCCGCAGGACCCCAGAGGGCCCCGGCGGCGGCGUGUAGAGAACCUGCGGGGCCUCGGGCGGUGACGGUCUUCGCGUGCGCCGCCCCCCCACCCCCACCCCCCAGGGCCUGGAGCCGCGGCUGGAGGCGGCUGGAGGCGGGAGCCAGCAAGACGCACUCCUCAAAAGACUGUGCUCAGCACUGUACAGCCCGGAGCUUGUCCCUGAGUGCUGGGGGAGGGGUCCCGGAACCCUCAGACCCUCCCUGGCCUGGGCCUGGAUGCCUAGAAAUGGGGAGGGGCAGUCGGGAGCCCCGAGUGCCCCUGCCCUUUCUGGGGCUCCCAGGUGAGGGAAGAGGGGGAAGCAGGGCUUCAGGGCGGUGGUUCGUCGCUCACGGGGGGGGCCACCAGUCACCACCCGCACAGCACAGUGACCAGUGCGACCCCACGUGUGCCACGUUUGAGUGCCGGCCUGUGUGUGUGACGUGAGUCACCGACGAGCAAGUGGCCAGUCUGUGCUUGACGGGACUGUAGCCGUUGGCGUUGUGCCUAGCUCCCCUGUACCCCAACCACCCCCCUUCAGAGCUGGUCUUCAGCCCGACCCACAGCACAGGUUACAUGUGGAAAAUGCUUCAUCAGGGAAUGUGCGAGAUGCCCGUGUGAGUGCGUGUGCGACGUCACGUGCCUGGCGUGGGUCUCACGUGUGGACUGGUGUGUGUGACGGGUGUGAUGUCGCCCGCAUGUAGUCUGUGGCCACACCCUCCCAUCUCGGAAGGCCCUGUGGCUUUGUGGGAUCCUCAAUAAAAUGCCUCGUUCUCAGUUCCGCGUCUUCGUUGGGGUCUGGGGCCCAGCUUCUCGAGGGUCUCCCUGAGCACCCUCCCUAUCCCAGGCCGGCCAGAAACCCCGCUGGUUGGAACAGGAAGUCCUGGGCUUUGGGGCGAGGGGUGAGGAGUCUGAGGCCUGGCGAGCCGGAACCAGCCUGGCCUCUCUUCACCGUGCUAACUGGCGGUGUGGGAUUCCUGGGGCCGACAGCAGGAGCGGAUCCAGGCGGCCUCCCGCCCAUCCCUCCAGCCGCCGCACCUUGCGGCUUCACCAGCCAGGCCGGGCCCAGGGAGGGUCUGUGAGAGAUCUUCAGGGACACACUGGUGGUCACUUCUGCUUCUGUACACCCUUAGGCCUUGGUUCCCAGGAGCUCAGUCCUGGGGUUCUACGACUUCUUGGGGUGCCACCUGCUGUGUCCGUAGUGGGGGGGCCCUGAACCACGCCAGGGCCCCGCCCCACUCUGGCCCAGCUGCUCCAGCCCCUCCCCAUCUUCCUGGGGGAGCCUCAAAGUUCUAGGGGAAGGGCAGGACUGCGCCAACCCAUCCACAGCCCAGGGAACAGGAGUUGGACACCCUAGAACCUGGGGUCUAUCUGCCCUGGGGGCUGCUGGGAGUUCAAUCCGGUGGGGGUGUCCGCUUGGCUUAAAGCUCUCUGAGGCAGGGGCAGACCUGGCUCUUCUGGGAGGGAGAGGCUCGGUGGUGCAGGGAGGAGGGCUUACAGGGUGAGGACCCCUUACCAAAUGUGGAUACAAAAUAAUUUAUUUAAAAAUGUACAGUUUAGGAGAGGGGGGUGGGCACCGGGGGACCCGGCCUCUUGCUGCUGCCCUCUGUCCCCCUGGUCGCCACCCCCCCCCCCCCGCCCUCCCCACUUCCCGCACAAUGGAGGGGCCAGCCCUGCCUGGGGAAGGGGCCAUGGGUGAAAUGU